AUGACAACAACAAGAUCCCUCGCGAUAUUCAUCCUUGCUAAUGUGUGCCUCUUUGUGAUGAUCUCAACAUCAAUAGCUCAGUUUAUCAUAGACACAAACGGAGAAUCCGUUGAAGAAGGAGACGAAUACUUCAUCAGGCCUGCUAUCACAAGCAAUGGCGGAAGUUUCUCUUUGGUCUUAAACAAUGGAUCAUGUCCUUGGAAUGUUGGCCUUGACAACCCUGACUUACCACAUGGUUUGACUGUUGUGUUCAUACCUUUUGUUUCCCAUCACGAUGAAGACGAUGUGAGGCAUAACAGAGACUUGAGAAUCCAAUUCAUAGCUUCCACAACUUGUGGACAGUCAACAGACUGGAGAUUGGGUGAGAGGGAUGCUACGAGCGGAAGGAGGCUCAUUAUCACUGGUAAAGAUGACGGUACAAUUGGAUCAUUUGGUAACUUCUUUAGGAUUAUGCAGAGUGAAGCUGCUGGUAUCUAUUUCAUCGAAUGGUGUCCUAGAGAGGUAUGCCCCGAUUGUAUGCUUGAAUGUGGGGCUGUUGGAAUUAUUCAUGAGAAUGGCAAGAAUCUAUUGGCCCUUGAUGUUGAUCUCGUCCCUGUUGUGUUCCAGAAAAGCUAA